AUUUUGAGGUGGCUAAUUAUUGGACGUCAUCGCUUUCGUGCUUAAUGUAACGAUCAAUUGCAGUUUACGAAUUAUACCUAACUUCUAUUGCUCUUCAACAUAAAAGAUUUCAAUGAAUUUCCGUCAGUAAAGUUUCAUCAAUUGAUUGCAAUAGACUCGUUGUAUCGUUGAAACUACGUCUAAUAUUGCGUAGAGUUGAUCAGAUAAUUUUACUAAUCAAAAUUUAAAAAAAAAAUUAUAAGACAAGCGGGAAAAUGACUUUGUUGGAUAAAGCUUUGAACACCGAACUUUGGAUGUAUUUCAUAGUCAUAAUUGGUGGACUAUUGCUGUAUUUUCUGAGAAAUUACUUGAGAUCAGUAAUAAUAUCCUUUCGUUUGGAUGGACCGACAGCAUUACCAUUCAUAGGAAAUGUUAUGAUGAUUCUAGAUAAAAAUUUGCUUACACAACACGUUGGUUCAGGCUAUAAAAAGUACGGUUCUUUGGUACGUGUUUGGGUGCUAUUUUUUCCAUUUUUUGCAAUUAUCGAUCCACAUGAUCUGCAAACGGUUUUGUCGUCGAGCAAACAUACGGAAAAGAUUUUUUUUUACAAAUUACUGCAUAACUUCUUGGGAAAUGGUUUGAUAACGAGCACUGGAGAAAGAUGGUCGAAUCACCGGAAAAUGAUACAGACAUCAUUUCAUACCAAUAUUUUAGAAAAAUUCUUGGAAACGUUUUUAAGCGCUUCUGAUGUCUUGAUAGAGAAACUGAAUGUAGCCCCGAAAGAGCUCAAUAUUACACAUUUUGUUAACAAUUGUGUCAUGGAUAUUUUAAAUGAGGCAGUGUUAGGCGUACCCGUAAGAAAUAAAGAUAAAAUGGUGAACAUGGAUGAUUCACCAUUUCGAGAAGGCAAAGUAUUGGUACCAUUACGUUUGACAAGGCCAUGGUUAUUACUGGAUUGGAUUUAUCGUUUAACUGAUGUUGCGGCAGCUGAACUGAAUCAGAAAAAUCGACUUAAUUCUUUCACAAGAAAGAUGAUCAAAAUUCGACGUGAAGGAAACAACAACAACGACCGUAAAUGUUUAAUAGAUUACAUGUUAGAAGUGUCACAGAAAAAUCCUAAUUUCACGGAAGCAGAUGUCGUGGAUGAAGCAUGCACAUUUAUGUUAGCUGGACAAGAUUCCGUUGGAGCGGCCGUUGCGUUUUGCUUGCAUUUGUUAGCACAAAAUGAAGAAUGUCAAAAGAAAUGUUAUGCUGAAAUUGAAGACAUACUAGAAGGUGACUACGAACGACCAUUCACCAUGCCCGACAUCCGGCGAAUGAGAUAUUUAGAACAAUGCAUCAAGGAAACUAUGCGGUUAUAUCCGAGUGUUCCUAUGAUUGCCAGAAAACUGGGUGAAGUUAUUACAGUCGGAUCACAUAAACUACCGGCAGGCAGCAAUGUAUUAAUCUUUCCUUAUGCUACCCAUCGGAUAGAGAAAAUAUAUCCAAACCCCGAGAAAUUUGAUCCAGAUCGCUUUGCUACCGGAGGAGUCGAAUCGAGGCAUCCGUAUGCAUACAUCCCGUUUUCUGCAGGAAUAAGGAAUUGCAUUGGAUAUAAAUUUGCUUUAAUCGAAAUGAAGACAAUCAUAUCACAAAUACUGAGACAUUAUAGACUGUUGCCGGUGAACGGAAAGACUAAAAUACAGCCAGUGUUUCGAAUAACUUUAAGGGCCACAGGAGGACUAUGGAUUCGAUUUGAGAGUAGACGAUGAUGUUGUUUGAAACAUUGAUUUUCCGAAUAAAUUAUUUAAUGAGAUGUGUUCUAUCAUUUUUAGUCUA